GUCAGGUGCACCAUCUGUAAGGGGGGGGACCCACCAGUCGGAGUCCUGGAUUGGAGUUGGUGCCCAGAGCGUGCUUUGCGAUGUCAGCAGAGGCUCUUCUGUUUCAGAAUCGAGCGGGUGAUGGGCAACAACAGCACGGUGAAGAUGGUGCCCAUCAAGAUCGUGCACUUGGAGAGCCAGCCCGAGAAGGAGAGCCGCCAGAGUCUGGCAUGCCCAGCCCAGCCGCCCGCCCUGCCCAGCGGCCUGGAGAGACACCAGAUCAAGACGCUGAGCACACCGGAGCAGUCCUACUCCCGCUUCUGCGUGUGUGAGCCCAAGCCUCCCAGCACCCCUGUGCCCCUUCCCGGUCUAGGCUACGUGAGGGCCAAAGCGAAGACCGUGGAAGAGCUGAAGUCAGAGGCACUGGCCAGGGAGAUCGUGGGGAAGGAUAAGUCCUUGGCCGAUAUCCUGGACCCCAGUGCAAAGAUUAAAACCACCAUGGACUUGAUGGAAGGGAUCUUCCCCAAGGAUGAGCACCUCCUGGAAGAAGCCCAGCAGCGGAGGAAGCUGCUCCCCAAGGACCCCUCCCCGAGGACCGCAGAGGAGAAGAAAGAGGAGCCAAGUAUGCCAGCAGCCAUGUCCCUGGCCACCAACUCCACUUAUUACAGCACAUCAGCCCCUAAAGCUGAGCUGCUGAUCAAGAUGAAGGACCUACAAGAGCAGCAGGAGCCUGAAGAGUACUCAGGGAGCGACUUGGACCACGACCUGUCAGUGAAGAAGGAGCUCAUCGAGAGCAUUGGUCACAAGCUGCAGGUGCUCCGGGAAGCCCGGGAGAGCCUGCUGGAGGACAUCCAGGCCAACAAUGCACUGGGGGAUGAGGUGGAGGCCAUUGCCAAAGACAUCUGCAAGCCCAAUGAGUUCGACAAAUUCCGCAUGUUCAUCGGGGACCUGGACAAAGUGGUGAACCUUCUGCUGUCGCUGUCAGGCCGCCUGGCCCGGGUGGAAAAUGCCCUGAACAAUCUGGAUGACAGCCCUUCUCCUGGAGAUCGGCAAUCGCUGCUCGAGAAGCAGAGAGUCCUCACCCAGCAGCACGAGGAUGCGAAGGAACUCAAAGAGAACCUGGACCGCCGUGAGCGCGUAGUGUUUGACAUCCUGGCCAGCUAUCUCGGCGAGGACAGCCUCGCAGACUACGAGCACUUUGUGAAGAUGAAGUCAGCCCUCAUCAUCGAGCAGCGGGAGCUGGAGGAUAAAAUACACCUUGGUGAGGAGCAGCUCAAGUGCUUGUCCGACAGCCUUCAGCCGGAGAGAGGCAAAUAAGAGAUCCAUCCGGUGGAGGACGGACAUGGGGCUUCAAGCUCUGUCCCCAAGGAUGCAAGUGCAAAGCCCAGCCUGUAUUUAUAUCCUGCAGAGAGGAUCCUCCAAUAGCAAAGUGACUGUUAGAAAAGCAAUAACUUCUGUGUUUUUAGGAUGAUUUAUUUAAUCUUUUAGUUUCCCCAUUGAAUACUCAGCAGAGAGUCUCACCCGCAGCCGUCCUCCUCUCACCAUAGCUGCCCAUAAUGCCGGGCUCUGCUGAAUGGUGAGUUGCUACCAUGCAGGCUGUGGGCGGGGCCCGGGUGCCCGCAGUGGUCAUUGCCAGUGGGAGAGCUGCUGCUCCUCUUCAGACACUGAACCCACAGCUCAGGAGGCAACUGAGUAUCAAGGUGCAUGAGCGUGGAGACCCUGGUGUGCAUGUCUUCUCUUGUGAUGCAUCAGGUGUGGCUGCCACGUUCAGUCCCUGCUCACUCAACAGUGUGUGUCUUCGUUGUCUCUAUCAUAUAAUGAUGUUCUCUGACCCAGCAAAAAUGAUGAUGAUAAUGAUAAUUUAUUAAUAAUGGAAAGAUAAAAAGAAAAAAAGGUUAAAGAAAAGUUAAAAGUUUCCUAAUGGUUAAAAACAACUGUGAAAUGAACAAACUAUGUGUUGGGCUCACUCAUUCUAAGAUUAAAGUCACCACUUAAAUAAUGUGCAUGCUUUAAAACAUUCACACACAAGCAAACAAAUAGUGCUUCUCACCCUACAUCACAGUUUAAAUGAUAAAUUACUUGUUAAAGGUGUGUCCCGCAAUAAUGUGCUUGUUAGCCAUCUAUUUCCCAAGACCAAGAGAGUGUUUCUUAAGUUACUUCCCCCCCCGAACAUUUAUUUUGUGUGCCUGUGGUCUUUAAUGAUAACUGGCUACUGUUCUUUUUUGCCUCCUUGAAUCUGUUACCAUGCCGUGAGGGCCACAUCCCACAUAAUGUGAGACCCCUCCCUCUCUUUGUCCCGAGGUCCAGUGGACUACAUGACUCCUACACUUGAUCUUUUUCUUCCACAGAGUUUAAAGAUUCUGUAUCCUUUUCAUUGGUUGAAAGGGCAAAAUUCUAAAGAGAAUCUGAUUCACUAAAAAACAUUGUCAUGCUGUCAGUUUCCGUGUGACAAGUUGCAGACAGAGAGAAAAUAUUCGCAAAUCAUGUAUCUAACAAAGAAAAUUUGUAUCCAGAAUGUAUAAAGAACUCACAAAACUUAACAGUAAGAAAUACAAACAGCCUAAUUAAAAAGCGGGCAAAAGACUUGAAUAGACACUUCACCAAAGAGGACAUACGCAUAGCAAGUAAGCACAUGAAAAGAUGUCCAACGGCCUGCCGAUGGCUUGGCUAUAAUUUAUUUUAUCUCAUAAUUGUAGAUCUGGGUGUUUCUUCAAAAAAAUGUUGAUCUAAUUAAAUGCAUGGUUAGUCGUGAGCCAGUCCUUCCGAUGUCUUCAUGUCGAGGUAGUAUAAUAACAGGGCAUCUGUUCUAUCACGGGAUUGUUUUAAUCCUCAUUGCCACUUAAUCCCAUAGAACAAGUUUUCCAGCAGGUGGGGACAUUUCCCUUUGUCAGCAGUGACCACAACCUUACCAAAGCGUUCACGCACACGCUCACAGAUGUCUUAAAGGACCGAAUCCACGCUUCCUGAGCCAGAGGGGCUGGGCUGGGCUCCGAGGCACUGCGCGGUCGGUAGCGCGCUGCAGAGAGCCGAGUCCGAACCAGCCAGCUUCCACAGUGCAGGCAGCACACCGCCUUUUUGGCAGCCUACCAAUGCAAAAAGGAUAAAUGUCUUUUCACAAGUGUUUCUUCCUGUUCCAUUAAGCUAUUUCUAACUUGGAAAAUCCCCGCUCUGCCAAUGAAGUGUCCUGCUCCUUUCCAGCUGGCAGUCCCUUGCUGUGAACAUUGGUCACGUCACAAAAGCUGAAGCUGCUGUCCAUGGACCUCCUUGCUUCCUCGGAGACAGCCGAAGUGAUUUCAGAAUGUUUUGUUUUUAAUUUAGACAAAGCUUUCACCUGUGAUUCUUUCCCUUCAAGUACAGUAUUGUGAUCAUUUUGAUGAUAUGUAUGUAAAGUGUGAAUAAUUCGUGUGUCUGUACCCAGCCUUUUGAUGUCUUUUUAGGACUUUCUCUUAUACAUAGCAAUAUAUAGUGCCCUAGUAUCUUUUUAGCAAAGCACAUUAUCGUCACAGCUGUCCUGUCUGUUCCUGUUUGCCUCUUAAAUGUCUGGCUAGC